CUGGUAUGUAACUUCUCAGGACUCAGUGGGCUGAAGCUCCUGCUGCUGUCCCACAUGGUUCAAUCAUUACUUAAAACCGCGACGAUCAACAUAGCAGAGAGCCAACAUUUUUUGUUGUUUUUUCCCCCCUUGCUCUUUUAAGGAAAUUUUUUUUUAUGAGAGGAACAUAUCCAUCCCUUUUUGUGAGCAGCACAGAUGGUUGGGAGACAAAAGUUUCACCUAACUCAGGAUUGGUGGAAUGAGAGGAUAACUAAUGCCAGAUGUGUGUGAAAACAAUCUGUCUGAUUUCAUUUGAAUGAACAUCGACCUCCUUCAGUAUUGCUCUGCUUGCAAAGGCAAGUUAAUGCUUAAUCUACUAGCAAUAACAGGUUAGCACAUACCGAUACCAGUGUUCAUGUUUAUUGGAGUUCAGAUAGACAGAGACAAUUAAGAGGACUUCAGUACCGUUUCAAGUUCAGUUCACAGUUUCAAGCUUUACCAGUACAACCGGAGGCAGGAGGCUCUUCGAGAAUCACUGGACAUGGCCAAAGGACUGUAUAUCUCCAAGGUUUUGGCCAUAGCCACAGUGGUGUUGACCGUCUCAUCCAUAGGGGGAAUAAUUGCAAUGAUGAUUGCGUAUGAGACCAUGAGAAUCGAGGUAAUGCCUACACCACCACCAACGCCUAUUAUCACGACUCCGUAUCCAACCGGACCCCCACCCAACAUGAGACUCCCUGGAAACCUGAUUCCCAAAAGCUAUGACAUCCUCCUACAGCCUCACCUGUACACCGUGAUGACCAACGCUACCAACCAAUCUCUCAUCUUCACUGGAAACUCCACAGUCUGUUUCAAAUGUUUGAAAAACACCACAACUAUAAUUCUUCACAGUAAAGAACAGAAUGUGAAUGCUGUAGGGGUGACCGAUGUAGACAACAUAAAGAGCAUCAAAAUUACGGAAACUUUAUUGUAUGGUAACGAGAGCAACUUCUUAGAGAUCCGACUGGAUGGUUUGUUAGUGGAAGGUGGAAAUUACUGUCUCGUUACAGAAUUUCAGGGAGAGCUCCUUGAUGAUCUAGCUGGUUUUUACCUAAGUUCAUAUAAAAAAGGGCCAGGCAAAGAAGAUGACACUGAAAGGAUGUUUGGGAAUGAAACCAUCGUCGUCGAGCUUGAUGAAAGAUACAUUGCAGCUAGCCAAAUGCAGCCAACCGAUGCUCGGAAGGUGUUUCCUUGUUUUGAUGAGCCAGCCAUGAAGGCUACAUUUAAAGUCACUAUCAUCCAUAGGCCUGGCACGACAGCACUAGCAAAUGGCAAAGAGAGAGAAACAAAAUAUGUGGAUAUUGAUGGAGAGACCUGGCAAGUCACAUCCUUUCAAGAGACCAAGAUUAUGUCAACUUACCUCUUAGCUAUUGCAGUGUCUGAUUUUGAUUUCAUUGAAUCUGAACAUGAAAGAGUUGGAAUUAAGACCUAUGCUAGACCGGAGGCCAUCAAAGCUGGACAUGCAAAUUUUGCAGCAAGUAUCACUGGAAAAAUACUGGACUUCUAUGAGAGUCCUAAAUGUUUUGACAUGAGUUUUCCAUUGAGUAAACUAGAUCAGAUUGCUCUACCAGACUUCAGUGCAGGUGCCAUGGAGAAUUGGGGUUUGGUAACAUACCGGGAGACAGCUCUGCUAUAUGAAGAUGGGGUGUCUUCCACAGCUAACAAAGAGUGGAUUGCCACAGUUAUUGCACAUGAGCUUGCCCAUCAGUGGUUUGGAAACAUGGUGACAAUGAAAUGGUGGAAUGACCUGUGGCUGAAUGAAGGAUUUGCAACAUAUAUCUCCUAUAUGGGAGUGGAUAACAUAAAGCCAGAGUGGCACAUGAAAGAUCUGAUUGUUUUAAAUGACAUCCAGCCAGCAUUCCAAGUGGAUUCGUUGGCUUCAUCACAUCCUCUGAGCUCUAAAGAGGACGAUAUUCAAACUUCUAAUGACAUCACUGAACUUUUCGAUGUCAUUACCUACAGCAAGGGGGCAGCUGUCCUGAGAAUGCUGGAAGAUCUACUGAGUGAGAGGUUGUUUCUGACUGGUCUGAGAAACUAUCUUCAGGCUUUCAUGUACAAUAAUACUGUACAGAAUGACUUGUGGGAUUAUUUACAAAAGGCAGUGGAUGCUAACGGUGACGAAUACAUCAUUGCUGAACUUAUGGACACUUGGACAAAUCAAAUGGGCUACCCAGUCAUUACUAUCAACACAACCACUGGGGCAGUUUUCCAAAGACAUUUCCUCCUAAAUCAAACAUCUGACUACAAUUUUGAAUGGCAUGUACCAAUCAGAGUGAUGAAGGAAGGAAAACGCUUAGAUUUAGAUAUGCUGAAACCAAAAGAAACAGACCCACAUCCAAAGCUCCAGUCUGAAAAUGACAAGUGGGUGCUUGCUAAUGUAGACUGCAAAGGAUAUUUCAGAGUCAACUAUGAUCCAGCGAAUUGGGAUAGAUUGCUCUCUCAGCUGGAAAGAAAUAUUCAUAAAAUCCCAAUCAUCAACCGUGGACAGUUAAUUGAUGACGCAUUCAACUUGGCAAGGGCCAAACAAAUCAAUGUGACACUGGCUUUGAGAACUACUAAGUACCUCCGGAAUGACACCGAGUACAUACCAUGGGAAUCUGCGCUGAGAAACCUGGACUAUUUCAUUCUUAUGUUUGAUCGCUCCGAGGUCUAUGGCCCAAUCCAGGCAUACUUGCGAAAGCAAGUUCGUGGCCUUUAUCAACAUUUUGAAAAUGUCACUAUGAAUUCGACAGCCAUAGACCAACUGAGCCAUUCUGAACAGUACAAUCAUAUUAACUCCAUCUUAGUCGCAUGCAGCAAUGAAAUUCAAGACUGCCAAAAAAUGGUAACAACAUUCUUUGAUGACUGGAUGACAAACAAAACUGGCAAUAAUAUACACCCUAACCUGAAGGCCAUCAUCUACUGUCAAGCUAUAGCAGCUGGGGGAGAGAAGGAGUGGGAAUUCGCUUGGGGUCAAUUUCAGAAUGCCACCACGGCCACAGAGAAAGACAAAUUAAGAUAUGCCCUCUCAUGCACCAAGAAGAUCUGGCUCCUGAACAGAUACCUGGAGUACACUUUGGACCCUGACAAGAUCAGAAAAAUGGAUGCUGUUUCCACCAUCAACUACAUUGCUAGAAAUGUGGCAGGGCAAGCAAUAGCCUGGAAUUUUGUACGUGCAAACUGGAAGAGCAUCAGCUUGGACUAUGGCGGAGGGAUCAUGUCAUUGGGCGGACUGAUCGAGGGAGUGACGCAGAGAUUUUCCACAGACUUUGAGCUCCAUGAGCUGAGGGAGUUCCAGAGCAACUAUAAUGAAGAACUGGGUUCUGCAAGCAGGGCCCUAGAGCAAGCCAUAGAGAGAACCCAGGCCAACAUUAAAUGGGUGAAAGAAAACAAGCAGACUGUUCUGGAGUGGUUCAGAAGAGAAACAAGCGAAAGCAGCUGAGCUGAGGUGAUAGGAUAAAAAACAGAUGGACCAGAGUACCAUGAUUGUAACCACACCCUGGAUUUGACUUAACCUCGAUUUCAUUAUAAUCCAUAAUAACAGUAAUCUAAAAUAAAUAUGCAUUUCAAUGUUUUUAAAUGAGUUAUUAGACAAUAUUAAAAAACAUUCUAAUUUAUUUUA